CAGUCGGGAACGCAGCUACCUCGCGACCCGCCGGGCGAGAUUCGACGACGACAACACCCCUAGUCACGAACUACCGAGCAUCCCUCCAAACCGUAAAUAUGGCGUCCACCGACUCACCAGCGAUCAAUGGGCACAAGUCCGACAAGAGGAGCAAAAAGGACAAGAAGGAGAAGAAGCGCCUGCGCGAGGAGGGAGACGAUGCCGCCGAAGAGCGCAAGCACAAGCGCACAAAAAGCCUCGGUGUAGCCAAGAACGACGUCGAUGACGAAGAAGAGGAAUCUCCUCAGGCUUCCCAGGACCUCUCAAUGGCCGCCGUUGCGACGAGCGACACCAAUGGCGAGCCAUCAUCCGCAAAGAAGAAGUCCAAGAAGGACAAGCACAGAAAGUCAGUAGGCGAGUCCGCCGAACAAGACGGCUCGGACGCCGAGCGCAAGGAGAAGAAGGACAAAAAGAAGAAGCGCAAGUCAGAACAAAAGGAGUCAGCGGAAGCAGUUGAAGAUUCCGCAGAGCCGCCAGCGAGCGGAAAGAAGGAAAAGAAGAGCAAGAAAGCAGCGUCCCCCGAACCCGUCGCCGACGCAGACGCCGACGCCAUGGACGUCGACUCCCCCGCAAAGACGAAAGCAACAGGCCGAGUCCACCAACCCCCCGACGCGCCCUCCAAGCCCCAGUUCCCCUUUUACACCCAGACCGUCUCGCUAUACCUCCCCAUCUACCCCAUAGGCUGGGACACGCCCUGCACCGCCGCCGCGACCCAACACCUCGAGCCCCUCGUGAACCGCUACGUCCCGGAUCUCAAGGGCGUCCUCCUCGCCUUCCGUAACGUCGCCGUCUCGGAGCAGCCCGGCCGCCGCUUUGCCGCCAAGAGCGACUCAGAGCACUGUGAUCUCUCCUCCGUCGACGAGUACGCCGUCGGCUUCGGCUACGUGACCGUUGAUGUCGACCUCUUUGUCCCUCGCCGCGGUGCCUGGAUGGAAGGCAGCAUCAACCUCGAGAAUGAGGGGCACGUCGGCGUCGUCUGCUGGGGCAAGUUCAACGCCAGCAUCGAGUCUAGCCGUCUCCCCCCCGAAUGGCGCUGGGUCCACGCCGGCUCCGCCGAGGCUGCCUCCUACGUCGCCGACCCCUUUGACGUCGAGAACACCGACGCCGCUGCCGCCGAGGACGAGCACGGCGCCGUGCGCCAGAUCCACACCACUGGCUUCUGGGUCGACGACGCCGGGGACAAGGUCAAGGGCCGCGUGCGCUUCCGCAUCAAGGCGUUUGACGUCGGCGUCAGCGGCGACCACGGGUACCUCAGCCUGGAGGGCACGAUGCUCGACGCCGCGGGCGAGAAGGCGGCGAUCCAGCGCGACGCAGAGCAGGAGCGUAGACGCAGGGCCGGUAAGAGCGGCGGAAUCCUCUCCAAGGAAAGGCGCGCCAUGCCCGAGUUCAGCGUCACCAAGUUUGGCGAGGUCGAGGAUGAGGAGGACAAGGCGUUGAGAAACGAUGUUUGGAAGACGACGGAACCCGUGACGGAUAACGAGGCUGGUGAAGGUGGUGAAAAGGAGGCGUUUACGGGCAUUUCGGCGGAGGAGGCAUAAGAAGGAGGGGCUUUGUGAUAGAUAAGCUUUGCUCUCUGUGUCUUGUGAUUCCCCGUGGGUCGACUUUUCGGGCGUUUUGAGGGUCAGGGAAAAUUUGACAAUGAUACAAUACUUUGCAUAUACUUCAGGACCGCGAGGUACUUGCUGCGACAGUUGUUUGGCCAUGAACUAGCACAAGUAGUGUAGUGAAAAUAAGUUGUGAGGCA